AUGUUCGGGACGCAGCGGCCGGUGGAGGCUGGAGCAGGGAGGGAAAAGGAGGAGCAGCAGCAACAGCAGCAGCAGCAACACCGGCAGCAGCCCGCUUCCCUGGUGGGCGGCAGCUCCCAGGAGGCGUCCCAGACGUGGCAACUGGAUGAUUUUGACAUUGGCCGGCCGCUGGGCCGCGGCAAGUUUGGCAGCGUGUACCUGGCCCGCGAGCGAAAGAGCCAGUACAUAGUUGCGCUGAAGGUGCUCUUCAAGAGCCAGCUGGCGCAGUCCAAUGUGGAGCACCAGCUGCGGCGAGAGAUUGAGAUCCAGUCACACCUGCGCCACCCCAACAUCCUGCGCAUGCACGGCUACUUUUACGACCGGGAGAAGGUGUAUUUGAUCCUGGAGUAUGCGGCCAAGGGGGAGCUGUACAAGGAGCUGCAGCGCAUAGGCCACUUUGACGAGAGGCGCACGGCAACGUGA